GCUUGAUUCAAUCAACUUCUUCAUCUCGUGCGGUGUGAAAUUCAAAAAAAAAAAAAAAAUAAUCAAAAAUGACAUCCAUCAAGUUGUUCGUCCUUGUUGUGUUUGUUUUGGGAUGUGCUAAUGCUCAAUUUGGUUUACCAGAUCUUAAAUCAGUUGUGCAGCCAUUUGCUAAACAACUUCUUGAUGUUAUGGUCCCGAAAAUUUUACUUUUGGAAUACAAAAAUGUGCCUACAGAAGAAGGAUAUCGUUUUAACUACAAAACAUCAGAUGGCUCCUACCGCGAAGAAGUUGGUAUGCUCAUGAAUCCAGGUACCGAACAAGAGGAACUUGUCGUCAUGGGAGCAUACAGUUACACAGAUGGAGAUAUCGAAACAACUACCAUGUACACAGCUGACAAAAAUGGAUACAGACCAAGAGUAUCGCUGAAAAACCGUGGAGUAUCACCAAAGCUUCUUCAAUCAUUGUCUGGUUAAACCUAAGUUAUUUAUAAAAUUUAAUUGAUGUUAAUUUUUUACCGAGAAUAAAAGAAUUUUGUUAUAAAA